AUGGCAGUUAACCUGAUACCAACACUCCUUAUUAGUGUCUACGUCGUCUUGACUCGGGCCAGGUUAGCGGAGGGGCGCAGCUUCAACGUUUCCGUGCCUGAAAAUGCUCCAGUCGGGACAGAGGUUGUCGGUGUGCGACAAUGGCUGGGCAUGCAGAAAGCGGAACUUCCGUGUGUGAAAACGGAGGGAGAUCCGUACGGCAGGUUCCUUCUGACUAAGGAGUGCACCCUUGUGGUGGCCAACCCUCUGGACUGGUCAGUACAGUCGGAAUACACCAUCAAGAUUCGCGUCGGGCGUGUUCAAGAAGUCAUUAAUGUGUGGAUACAGGUUACUGACGUCUCGGGCUAUCCUCCCGUGUAUAAUGAGACGUGUGAGACUCCGAUCUCUCCCGCAGGUAAGGACACCGGAGAAGUUCUGUUCAGUUUUGACUUUAACGUUGAAGCAAAGACGGAUACUGGCGACGUACUUGCGGUUCGAAGGACAUUAAACAAGUUUUACGAAACACGAAACAUGAGGAAGUUUCCUAAUACUCGAUUUUCCUACACAGAAAGCAGCAAUUGUCGAUUGCAGACUAUUUUUGUUGUGCGUUCACUGAAUGAUUUAGUAGCUGCAGACCAACUGUGGUCAGGACAGUUCCGUAACCUGCCCUGUCGUGCAGACAGCAGAGAUAGCGAGUUAUCGAUCCACCUCUACUCUUAUACAAUGAUGGGUGAUUUGAUUCGGAACUAUGUCAUUGAACGAUAUUUCGGCACUCUCAACUUUAUCUACCUGAUAACUUUGACAUUCCCAGCAAAGAGCACUGUCCGUCUUGUCUGUCAGUUUCCGCCGUUAGGAAAACCAGUCAGAAUAGGUACACCCCCAAACCCGACGAGACUUGCACAUGUGCAGUCGCUAAACAUAGACGUCCACCCGCAAGGCUGUCCCGUGGGAAAAUACGGUUUACUCUGCGAUAAAAACUGCACCUGUCAGAACGGCGCCCGGUGUCACGGGUUUAAUGGGGCGUGUAAAUGUCAACACGGCUGGCAAGGUGUAGCCUGUGACAUUCCUAAACCUGACGUCGCCGCAACAAAGACACCUAGCGAUUCUCGGGCCAUCUACAUGUUCACCAACGUGACCAUUCACUGUCGUGUGUACCACAUUGAUGUCGAGACUUUGUCUUUGCGGUUCCCAAAUACAUCUGAGGUCAUGAGUGAAGGUGUCAAUCAAUUAGACAUCAAGGUUUUCAACGCACAGUUACACGACGAAGGUCCCUAUACGUGUCAGGCUCGAGACAACGACGGAAAGGUCUUCAAUAAAACAAUUGUGUUAAACAUCAACUGUCCACCAAAUGGGAAAGGUGAACUCUGUGAUGAAGUGUGUGAUUGCCUACAUAGUGCCAGCUGUGACCGGUGGGCUGGUUGUGUGUGUCCACCGGGAUGGACGGGAACCAGGUGUCAGACACAAUGUCCGGAGGGCACGUACGGUAAAGACUGUACAAAGACCCGUGGCUGCCAACAUGGAGCGAGCUGUAGCCCUAUUGACGGCAGGUGUAACUGCACGGUCGGCUGGUACGGAUCGAACUGCGGCGGAGCCUGUCCCAAAAGCCGGUACGGUUGGCGGUGCCGGCAGGUUUGCAGCUGUAAGAACAACGCCACCUGUCAUCACGUGGACGGCAGCUGUGCGUGUGUGCCACCGUGGGGAGGAAGGAACUGUGACAAAUUUCACGUCACUCAGACUACAUCGCUGAUCGAAAUCCUUGUUCCCCUGGCCUCAAUACUCCUAGUUGUACCGUGGUAGUAAUCGUGCUGUACAAGGCUUGCGGCGUCAAGAAACACAAAGACUACGAAGCCGAAGCCCUGUGUGAACUUAGGGGUGUGGAGGAGGAUCUAGCACAGAGGCUACAGCCGGGCUGGCUCAGACGUUGGGAGAAGAAGAUCCGUCAUCUUACUCCUGGUGACCUGAUAGGGGAAGGAAUGUUUGGGCGGGUGAUACAAGCGCAGCUGCGCACACCGAAAGGGGAUAUCACCGUGGCCGCCAAGACUGUCCGUUCGGAAGAUUCACAGACCUACCGAGACUUUUACCGAGAAGCCGCCAUCCUAAUUGUCGUACAUGAAGAGAAAGACCACGAUGUUCGAAAUUCAAACAUUGUCCAACUCAUAGGGAUGAUCACCACGUCUAAAGAAAAGUAUAUUCUUCUGGAGUAUUCACCAACAGGAGACCCUUUGUGGGUCCUUCGGCAGUUUAGAGAGGGUGAUGGGGACGACCAGGCUGACCUUCUUGAUCGUUUUCUACGAUACGCAGUGCACGUGACACGGGCGCUAGGAGAACUGGAACGUCUGCGCAUCGUACAUCGUGACGUGGCCGCUCGGAACGUCCUGAUCACGGUGGACGAUGUGGCCAAGCUAGCCGACUUCGGGCUGGCACGAGACGUGUACACCACCGCUGAUUACGUCUCUACGACUCAAGACGGAUGUCACAAACUCCUUCCGCUGAAGUGGAUGGCGCUGGAGUCCAUCGAGACCGGCGAGUACACCUGUCAGAGUGACGCCUGGUCCUUCGGCGUGCUGCUGUGGGAGAUCGCCACGCUGGGGAAAGAUCCGUGCUAUGAUGGCAGAAUUCAGCUGAGCUUUCUACAGAUGGUGGGGAUUUUGAGGCAAGGCAUACGGAUGGAGAGGCCACCGGGAUGUCCAGAGGACCUGUACCGACUGAUGAGGUCGUGUUGGCGCGAGGUUCCAGCUACAAGGCCGACUCCAGAAGGGAUAGAAAAGAGGCUGUUACAACUGCUCCCACAUUAUGUUAUUGAAAUGGAGACUGCCCUUUAGACAUUUUUUACUUUUAGAGUAGCAAACGAAUGAUAAAUAUCUGUUGAGCUGGUUUACCCACAUAUUCAUAAGCUAUUAAAUAUACAUGCAUGACGAACUGAGCUAAUAUGUUAGGCCUCUAACCUAAAGAAAAUCUAAUAUUUGGAAGUUUGUUCUAAUCUGAGUCUGGUAAGCAUAUACCAACAGAUUGUAGUACCGACUGCUAAGUCUAGAUGGCGUUGCAGAAGUGUAUUCUAAUUUUGCCUGACUAUGUCAUUUUCACGAGUCUUAAUAUCGUGAAGUGUCUGUAAUCAGUUAUUAUGUCAAAUAAUUGCAAUUGGUACAUGUUUGUGAUUUUUAGACGCAAUCUUGCCACUGGCAUUAUAAUCAUGCAUGGUGCUGGUAAUGUAAUGGAAAUUUGGCAAACCUGUAUGUUUUAUUGCCUUUUGGUUUUGUAUAUUACAUUUAUAGCUUGUAUCAUGAAAUGCCAGCAACACGAGGGUUCAAACUGUUUGUUUGAUGAUAUGUAGAGUUUUAAGUCUUUUAAUCGUCAUGUUCU